UCGAUAUAGGACUGCAUUGUUAACAAUUACCAAAUUUAGGAUCUAAAUGCUAAAAUUAAAAGCUAAGGUCCAACCUGCAAGAAAUUCAUAAAUAGAAUCGUGCACUUCACCUUUCUUCAUGUGAUGCACUUUGUUGAGACUCGAAUCCACUCCUCCACUCACAAGCAUUACAAAAUUAACAAUCAUCACAAAAACAAAGUCGAAACCAAAGAAAUAUAUGGAGUCCGACCAGACCCUCUUCCGUUACAGCCUCCUCACUCUCUACCUAAUCGGACCACCGACCACCAUCUCCCUCCGCUUCAUCCAAGCCCCUUACGGCAAGCACCGUCGCCCCGGGUGGGGCCCAACCAUGUCCCCACCCUUAGCCUGGUUCGUCAUGGAGAGCCCCACUCUCUGGCUCACCCUCCUCCUCUUCCCCAUCGGCCGUCACGCCUCCGAUCUCCGAUCUCUCUCUCUCAUCACCCCCUUCCUCCUCCACUACCUCCACCGAACCCUAAUCCACCCGAUCCGAAUCUCUCUCGCCUCCGCCCCGAAACCUUCCUCCGAUUUUCCCGUCGCCGUCGCCGCCAUGGCGUUUGGCUUCAACCUCCUCAACGCGUUCGUCCAAACGAGGUCGGUUUCGCACUACGAGGACUACGGCGGAGACAAUACUUUCUGGUGGCGGUUCGCGGCCGGUCUGGCGGUUUUUUUGGCCGGAAUGGUGGUGAAUAUCCGGUCGGAUCGGGCUCUGCUGAGGCUGAAGAGGGAGACCGGCGGUGGCGGUGGGUAUAAGGUGCCGAGAGGGGGGUGGUUUGAAGUGGUCAGUUGUCCGAAUUACUUUGGGGAGAUAGUUGAGUGGUUGGGCUGGGCCGUCAUGACUUGGUCUUGGGCUGGGCUUGGAUUCUUUCUUUACACAUGUGCCAACUUAGUGCCGAGGGCACGUGCGAACCAUCGGUGGUAUUUGGAGAAAUUUGGGGACGAGUAUCCCAAGGGACGAAAAGCUGUGAUCCCAUUUUUGUUUUGACACUUUGAAAAAAAAAAAAAAAAAAAGGAAAAAAAGGGUCGGGUGUUUAAUGUGUGU